AUGGCAACACAAAUGAGCAAAAAGCGAAAAUUCGUCGCAGACGGAGUUUUUUUCGCUGAAUUGAAUGAAGUUUUGACCAGAGAGUUGGCCGAGGAUGGUUAUUCAGGUGUUGAGGUUAGGGUUACCCCGAUGCGCACUGAAAUCAUCAUCAGAGCUACUCGCACCCAAGCUGUUCUCGGUGAGAAGGGAAGGAGGAUUAGAGAACUAACCUCAGUGGUACAGAAGAGGUUUAAGUUUCCGGAGAACAGUGUGGAGCUUUAUGCUGAGAAGGUUAACAACAGAGGACUUUGUGCCAUUGCUCAGGCCGAGUCUCUUCGUUACAAGCUCCUUGGUGGUCUUGCUGUCCGCAGGGCUUGCUAUGGUGUUUUGAGGUUCGUCAUGGAGAGUGGUGCCAAGGGUUGCGAGGUCAUUGUCAGUGGAAAAUUAAGAGCCCAAAGAGCCAAAUCCAUGAAGUUCAAGGAUGGGUACAUGAUUUCUUCUGGACAGCCAGUCAAGGAUUACAUUGACUCUGCAGUGAGACAUGUGCUCCUUAGACAGGGUGUUCUCGGUAUCAAGGUAAAGAUCAUGCUUGAUUGGGAUCCUAAAGGUAAACAAGGUCCCAAGACUCCCCUCCCUGAUAUUGUCACCAUUCACACUCCAAAGGAAGAGGAAGAGUAUGUUCGACCUGCUGCUGUCGUGGCAAAUGAUAUUGAGGUCCCUGUCCCAGUUCCUGUUGCUUAA